AUGGGCUGCAGCGAAAGUCUUCACACAAAAGAGCUGCCUGAAAAGCUAACUUGAACUCGCCCUGAUUUUGACGAACUUUGCAGUAAAGGUGAAGAAGCUUUAAAGCGACUCAACAUUCUUCGUCGCGAUUUACUGUGUUCUUGGGAUCGUUUAUCAGCUCAUUUAUCUAUCAAAAAUCUUCGCCCUGAGCAAGUUCACAUUGGCUUACUAAUUUCUCUAUCCAUUCUUUCAUGCCAAGACUUUUUAGGCAUAAAUUUGCAUUUAUCCAACAAACUCCCAGGAAUUUUAUUUUCCCAAGAUGCCCUUGAAUUAAUUCCUCAUCAUACUCACCAUAUGCUGAAUUUUCAGCAGGCUUACCAAAUGUGGUGCGAAUUCAGCUUAGAAAUAGAGCAAUCAUUGCCUACAAUAAGAGCAAUAGAGACUAUAAUAAUUCAAUGUGGAAAUUUAUAUUAUGCACUUACUGAUGAAAGAUUAAGCAGGGCGACAAGGGAGGAAUGACGAAUUGUGGACUUUAGGAAAAUAGAAGGAAGUGUCAGUGAGAAUUUAAGAGUCUUGGUAGAGGCUGCUGAUUUAUUUCAUGAAAUAUUGAGGAAUGUAAGGGAUUGGACUGUAAGCUUGAGAAACUCGUUUGAUAGGGUCAGGGAAGAAAGAACUCAAUAUGAAAUACAUCAUUUGGCUGAUAAAUGUAAGGAAAGUAGUGUUUGGGAAGUAAAAAAUAUUAUUGAGUUUGUGAGAGAGGAUAUUACAAGGAUAUUGAAUCAGUAA